AUGUAUAAUCAAGUCCUCAAAUCAUGGCUGGUUGCGGGGCUUCUCGGUGCCACCUCGAGCGCAUCGCCUUGUUCUUCGGCCGCACCGUUGACCGUCAAGACAACCAGUGGUGAGCUCACGGGCUUUAUCAACUCGACGACUCCAGCUGUGCGUCAGUUCUUGGGUGUGCCGUAUGCGGAACCUCCCACUGAAUGCCUUCGCUUUCAGCCGCCUCAGCGCAAGGCUGACGCGGGACCUAUCAACGCGAGAACAUACGCGCCGUCCUGCAUGCAGCAAAAGAGUACCGCAGCCUCGGUUUACACCACUUACAUGCCGGAGUUCCUAAUCAAUGGGGGUCAAUCUGAGGAUUGCCUUUACCUGAACGUCUAUGCGCCAUCUCGACCGAUCAGCAAGAAGUUGCCGGUCUUCAUCUAUAUUCCUGGCGGUGGUUUCACAUCAGGAGGUGCGGAUUCCUUAUACAAAAUUCCCGACCAGUGGAUCCAAAGGACACAAUCGCACAUUGUUGUAACCAUGAACUAUCGAGUCAACGUGUUCGGAUUCCCUGCCGCCGAAGGCGCACACCAGAAUGUCGGUCUUUUGGACCAGCGUACAGUGGUCGAAUGGGCUCGCGACAACAUUGCUGCUUUUGGUGGCGAUGCUGAGCAAAUGGUGCUCUGGGGUCAAUCUGCAGGAGCUGCAUCCGUUGGAAUGUAUGGGUAUUCAUAUCCUGAUGAUCUCAUUGUCAAAGGCCUCAUCUCCGACUCGGGGUCCCCCUCGACCCUGGCUAAAACCUUCGGCAACUACACUUCUUUCAGCACGCUGGCUGGCUUGGUCGGUUGCGGCGACCUCGAUGCCACGGACGAGCUUGAAUGUGUGCAGAAUGUCGACGCGGAGUUUUUGGUCAAUGUCUAUUCAAACCAUACAAGUAUUAUAUCAUUCUCGCCAAUGGCGGACAACAUCACCUGUUUCUCUAAUACAACAGACCGCCUCGCGAACGGCUUGGUGGCCAAAGUACCGUGGAUAUUCGGAAGCAAUGCCAAUGAGGGCGCUGGGUUCGGAACAUUCAAUGCCAGUGGACUCUCGCCUUCGCAGGUGGCCAUUGGAUUGUCACAGAUCACUUGUCCUGUAGUGAAAGAGGUUCGGAAUCGUGAGCAGUUUGGAUACACAACUUACCGAUAUCUAUACUCGGGCAACUUUUCCAACAUCUCACCCUUACCAUGGAUUGGCGCGACGCACAGUGCUGAGCUGCCACUACUCUUUGGAACCCAUUACGAAUAUAGAGGUAAUUCGACAGAGUUCGAGUGGGAGACCAGCUACGGCAUGGAAGCCUUGUGGCUAUCAUUUUUGUUGGACCCCAGCCAAGAUCCAACAGACGGCAACGGUGUUACUUGGCCGAAAUAUAGCUCGAAUGUUGACACGUUAGCUGAGUUCGGUGCCGAUGACCAAUGGAUACAAUUCGUCGAUGGAUCUGUAGUAGACGAUUUAUGUGCAUAA